CAGAGUUGCAGCACCUCGCGCGGCAGCUGUCAGCAGCAGUUGCAGCAGCGCCAAAGCCAAUCGAGGAAGAUGCGCUUGCUGUAAGAGAGAGCGAGUGUGCUGCGAGCUACCCGAGAGUAGUAGUGCGCUUGAGGGGGGCUGCUAUAGCAUCCUCGAGGCCCAUCGCGACGACAAAACGCCGUCAUCGUUGUUUUUGCUGCUGUUGUGUUGUGUUGCUGUGUGCGCGUGCGGCAGCGGCAGCGCUGAGAAAGGUCUCCCCUCGUCUCUCUCUCUUUCUCUCCCUUUCUCUCCGUUUCUUACGGUGUGCGCGAGUGGCGGCCGCCCCGUUCGCUGUCGACAGUAGUAGUGCUGCUCGCCCUGCUUGCCCCGGAGCCGCUGCAGGGCCAACGUUGAAAUAUUCCGCGCGGGGGGUGGCGAAUCCGACGGGGCAGUUGGUGUUGGUAGUAGCUCCGUAAUACACGACGUAGUCACAUAGUCGGCUGCAGUUUGUCGCGUCCAGUCGAGUCGGUCGGUCGUCUGCGCUGCCCCACCGUCGUCGAGACGACGUCAAUCACGACGACGACACGCGCCGCUCGAGCAGAAGCAGCUGAGGUGACGCAGCGAUGGUCAUGAUGAUGACCAGUGGCAUGCAGCAGCAGCCGCCGCCGUUGCAGCCGGGCCCGCCGUUGCACGGGGGUCAUCCGGCCCACGGCAGCAUGGACGAGCACGAGCGCAAAAUCGUCGUCGAGUUCAUCCACCUGCUGGAGAAGAGCAAGCAGCUGUUCAACGGCCUGCGCGAUCUGCCGCAGUACGGCCACAAGCAGUGGCAGGCCUACUUCGGCCGGACAUUCGACAUCUACACCAAGUUGUGGAAGUUCCAGCAGCAGCACCGAGCUGUCCUCGACACAAAGUACGGCCUGAAACGCUGGCAAAUUGGCGAGAUAGCCAGCAAAAUCGGCCAGCUUUAUUACCACUACUAUCUGCGGACAAGCGAGACGAGCUACCUGCACGAGGCUUACUCGUUUUACGCGGCAAUCCGUGGCCGUGCCUAUUACAGCCGAGCCGCCAAAGAGGACCGAAGCGACCUCAUGGUGAAGAAGCUCAGGUAUUAUGCUCGCUUCAUCGUCGUCUGUCUGCUGCUCAACAAGAUGAAGCUGGUGCGCGAACUGGUGCAGGAGCUCGACGCACAGAUAGCCGACUACUCGACGACCUACGAGCCCGACGACCAGGUCGAGUGGAAUCUCGUGCUCGACGAGAUCAAGGCGUUCGUCAAGGCCGAGUCGGCGGUCGGGGUGUUGCACAGCGAGACCAACGCCCCGGUGACGUUGACCCAUCGGCUCGGUGCCCUGAGCUCGCCGCCGAUCGAACGAUCGCCACCCAUGUGCCUAUCGCUUCAAGAGAUACUCAUCGUCGGUAAUUGCGCCGAUCAGGUGAAAUUCAGCGAGCUUUCGAUGGACAUGUUCAGGAUGCUGCAGACGCUGGAACGAGAGCCCCGCGACGAUCCCCAGCACCUGCACGACACGUCGCCGGCCGGCCGGGUGCCCUUCAGGCCGGGGCCCUACCCGUCGGAGAACGGGGCGCCGCGUCGCGACAAUCCGCACAAGUAUCUGCUAUACAAGCCGACCUUCAGCCAGGUGCAGGUGUUCCUGUCGAGCGGGAUCCGCGAGCUGCCCGCGAACGGGGCGCUGCUGCUCUACCUCUCGGCGGACGGCUGCUUCUCCAGCGUCAAGCGGCCCGAAGAAAUGGCUUACGACAUGGGUGGCGUCUCGACGUCGGCGAAGCGCGAGCCCGGCGAGCUCCACGGCUCCUCCAAGUCCCAGGCGGCCCAGCAGCAGCAGGCACUGCUCCAGCAGCAGGCCGCCCAGCAGGCCCAGCAGCGCCUGGCCCAGGGCGGCAAGGAGCCCCACUGCAUCUAUCCGGGCGAUCUCUAUCCGUACACGCGCAAGCCGCUCUUCGUCGUCGUCGACUCGGACAACAGCUUCGUGUUCCAGCAGAUACCGCGACUGUUCAAUCAGCCGCUGGUGGUGCUCAUGUCGCCGCAGGACACGCCGCCGGGCCUGCGCGACCUCAAGCACGCCGGCAGCCUCUUCACCCUGUUCCUGCACUCGCCCCUGGCGGCCUUCUGCAUGGUCUGCAGCGUCGACACUCUGCCCUACCAUCACUGGGAGCGCUGCCUCAGAUACAUCGACCAGUUCGUCGUGGAGGCCUGCAGGCUCAUGUUGCGAGCUCGAUGCGAAUCGAGCUUCGUUCAGUUCUUCGGUGACGACUUUCUGCGGCUGCUGCUGCUGCGCUACGUGUUCUGCGACGUGGUGCUGCACCUGCACCGCUCGUUCCGGGGCCGGCAGCAGAGGCCGCGCUGUCAUCCGCCGCUGCCCGAGCCCGAGCUGCUCGAGCACCCGACGCUGCACCACCUCGUGCUCGAGCUGGCCAAGUGCCUCGACGCGCGAGAUCACUUCGCCGACGGCAACGAGCUUGCCUGACCCCGGCGUUUGCCGGCUUCGGUCGACUUCGCUGAUCAGCACUGGGAACAACAGCAGCAGCAUCGCGCCACACCGAAAUCGCAUCACUACGGGCCGGCCACUCGCGCAGGCGACUACGACUACGAUUACGACUACGAUUACUCGGGCUCCGGCUACAACUACAACAAUAAGAUGAACAGCCUGAGGCACUAAUUGCCCGUCGUCACGUCUCCGCUUCAUUAUUAUCAACAAUAAUGGCAUGUACCAUUUGGGAUAAUUGACAAAAUAAGAAAAAAAGAAGAUUAUAAUAUACAAUGUAGGAGUUCACAAAGUGCACCGAAGCGCGUAAAGUUUGUUAGAGUGAAGGUCGAGCGACGCAGGGCCGCGCCUCAAUCAUAUUUUUCUACGCCAUUUCAACACGUGUUUCGACUUUAGACGGGUGGGCUCCUUAUUAAAUGCGAGGACCUGAUCUUGCCGCCUCGUGAUGACAAGACUGCAGCGUUUCAACGUACACAUACACACAACUACAAAUGUACACUCAUCACACACGGACGAUGCCCGGCCUUGAGAGCUGAUGUGCUUCGAUUGAUAAUAAAUAAUUAUUAAAAAAAAAAACUGUUACUUGUAAUUGAGCCUGAAUUGAAUGAAAAAACGUACCGAGAGGUCCCAUUCGCGGCCUGCUAUAUCGUACGAAGAUCGCGAAAACUCGCUACUUGUGUCGGCUAAUCUAAAUUAUAAUGCUAAAAAAAUACGGGCUGUUGCGUACCUUAUAUUCUGUCAUAUCGCCUGCAUAAACACACUUAUAUAUAAAUUAUACAUAUGUAUCGAGUAAACAAAUCAAUGCCACUAUACAUUAACAAACAAAAAUUGCAUAUACAUAAUAUAAAUAUAUAAAUAAUGUAAAGUCACCACAAGAAAACGUCCUCAAUCUUUAAAGAGCUAUAUAUUAUAUACGUACUUAUGGCCUGGAUGACGUUUAUCGUGAUCCAACUUUAAAACAAAGUACUAUUAUAAAUACCCAAAUCGAACAACAUUGAUGUGAACAUUUUUUUCCAAAAUCCUGGUUUCUUGCGUAACUUUCAUAUAGAAAAUUUUAAAGUUUAACUUUAUAAUCAUAAUUAUCAUAGUAACUUUUAUGAUCAGUCUAAAAAAUGAAUAUCUUUGAUUUUCAUUUUUAUCAAAAUACAGUUGAUGUAUUUUUGUCAUAGUAAACAAAUAAGCCCAACAAAUGUAAGCCGUGGAUCUCGAAAUUUGCAGAUACUUUAUAUUUCAUUGUACGUAUCCAGAUCAAGUAUUUACUUAGUACUCUGUGACUGGACUCGAUCUCUAUGAACGUGAUCCAGGCCAAAUAUAUCUAUAUACAGCAACGCACGGUGCACGUGUCAGUGUCAUGACUAUGAAUUCACGCAUACACAUAUAUAUUAUAUAUAUUUCUUUAUUUAACGCUCACGUGCAUUAGAAAUUAUAUGUAUACAAGAAAAUUACAAAUAAAUUGAAAUAAUCAUCGCGAUUGUAAAUAUGCGACAACAGAACUCAUAUCUUUAUUGAAUUUGGACUGCGCGGUGUCUCAGCGAGGUGCCUAUCUAUAAAUAGGAAAAAAUUAUGUGUACAUUAAAACGCGAUUAAUACGCGAAAAUUUGCAGUGCGGUUUUGUCUUUUCCUCAUUAUAGGAAAAAAAUUAACUCGUGAUGUGUAUAUGAGUAGAGCUUGCAGCGAUAUAAUAGCACAACACUUUGAUUGCUACUCUUUCGUACAAAUAGCUAACACAUAUAUUUCGAUUGUUUGCGUUUUCAAUCAAUAUAAAAAGAGAAGCGCACGCAGCCGGUGAGCUGUAAAUUGAUACGGAGUACAGAACGCGAAAGUUCGAAAGCGCGUCACAGCAUUACGUUGAACAAGAGCUGCUAAAUAUCAAUGUUCAUCGCGUCUCCCUCUUGAUGUAAUCUAUAGCUUCUUAAUACGAGUGACAAAAAGAGCCGAGCAAAAAAAAGCUUUGGGAUGAUAAAUCUCUAUUUUCUGAUACCGCUAAACAGUACGUAAUUAUAAUUCCAAAGAUAAACGGUGUUGUGAGUGCGAUUGAAUUUUUUUGGUAUAAUAUACUGACUAUUGGCCGCGUGCAGUAUGGCUUGAGAGAGAAUUUUGUGUAUAAAAAAUUACCGCAUUAACUGCGUUGUGCAGCGUGAGAUAAAAAGAGUCAUGGUGUUUUUCGCAAAUUGUAAUAUAACAAUUGUAAAGUUUUUAAGCUAUACAUAAAUAUACAUAACUAACAUGAAGAAAACUGUAUAACUUCUAUACAAAUCUUAGACUUUAGCUAGGAAAAAAAAUUCAAUUUACAAAUAUAAUAUAUUAAUAAGUAUAUGAAAACGAUAAGACAAUUUAUGGACUAUUAAAAAAGAGAGAAUAAAAAUAAUGUUGUGAAAUACUCACUAUAUUUAAGUUUCUUAACAAAAAAAAGCGAAGCGUCAAGUGUAAUUAUGAAGCUUAUUGAUAUUCGCCACUUGGGUUGGGUUUGAAAACUAUAUAAAUUCAUUUUUACAAACGAUCGACAAAAUUUUUAAUCAUAUUUUUCGUAGUCAAUUUAUACCUUGUAUAAAUGGACUCGUAUCUCUCGAUAUAUAAAGUAUACGCUGCCCGGCUAACCAAAGAUUUUUCAGCAGUUUCUCUGCCUCGUAGAGUACGAGACAAAAAAGUGAUAUAUAAAAUUCAAAACGCUCACUUAUAUUUCGUCCUACACCCCGUAACUAUAUCCACUGAAAAUAAUUUAAUGCCUAAUGAUAACAAUUUGUAUUAAGUUAACUUUUUAUACUUGAACCUUAUAAAAUACUUGAAAAAUCUUCUAUCUGGCCGAAGAGAAUGUCAUUAAGAUACCAAAUAACUAAUUACAAUUCACAAUGAUAAAGUUGUAAGUUUAAGAAAGUUGCAUACCUAAAGCCUACGAUUAACUCUAUUGUUUUACAAGUUAGCCCCUACGAUAAACCUUGUCAUAAUAUAGUGCUAAAUAAAUGAGAAAUAUUUAUCGGACGAAAAAAAAGAAAAGCCUUAACAAACAACUUCAUAUCUGCAGCCAAAUCUGCAAUUAUCAUCGAAUAGAAGAAAUAAAUUCAAAUAAUAAACUCUAUACUGCGUCUGUUUACAAGUAAAUUAUGUAAUAUUUAUCAAUACGCAAUUGGGGUGAAUCUUCAAUGAAAAAGAGACUCGUAAAAUUGUUCUCUUUGAUCUAUUUAGCGUGUGUGCGUGAGCGCUUGUGAAUGUACUGUGAUUUCCCUUUUUUACAAUUUAGGCCUCGGGUAUGGUCAGCUGAUUGCAACUGGUGAAUUCUAUUAUAUGAUACUAUUGAUUCUACUUUUACUGAUAGUUAUAUGUUGAAUCGUAAAAUAUAUUGUUCAUUUUAUUCGCAAAUUAUUUUUACUCAUUAAAUCUUGUUUUGAAGCUCAUUUAUUUCAAAACUAUUAUAUUAAAAUCUUAUAAACCCUACACUAAUAAAUUAUUUCAUCAUAAAAGCCUUUAUAAAAUUAAUUUUUAGGAGCGCCAAAUAAAAAGCGAAAAUUGAAUGCCGGCACAUUGAUUAAACAUCGAUGCUAUGUACUGGCUUUUGUUUCCUUUAUCGGUGUAACCUUUUAUGACAAAAAUAUAAAAUAUCGUUACACAUAUUUCGUUGAACAUGAAGUAUGAUAAUAUUUGUCACUUAUCUAUUGUUUCACGAUUUAUUGAGUUACAUGAAAAACGUCUAAUUCUCCAAAUUAUUCCUUUUUGAUCUCAUUGAAAGAAGAAAGAUUCCCAGAUUACUUGAACGAUAAGUCUGAGCGAAUGAAAAGAUUAUAUUGUUGAUCGACUUGGAAGACUCUAGUAGUUUUCUACUUAUAAAUACGUUAUGCAUAUAUGAUAUAUAUAUCUAUAUGAAUCGAGCAUAUUGAUCAGUGGCUCUCGGAGUCUUUUGUAACAA